AUGUCAUCACUUUUCCUAAACAAAUCGCUGGAGGGGCUCAGAGAAGGGAGGGGCCCGGGAAACUGGGAAACUAGCUCCGCGCACAAGGAGGCAGCUCGCAGACGCACAAAUGCGAGUCCCCAAGGCAAAGUCGCCUCCAAGGCUUCUCUCAAACUUUGCUUCCUGCGCGUCUCUGACAGCACAGGACGUGUAGCCCCGCAGCUGUCAUCGGAAAUGCUGCUGGGAAAACCGGCGGGGAGGCGGUGGGGGCGGGCAGUUCAGCCGGUGUCUGCACCAGGGACAGUGGGGACUGGAAAUAUGGAGUUGAUGGGGACAAGUUGGUUUGGGGGCUGCUGCGAGGGAGCAGGGAGGGCGCGCGCACACACACGCGCGCGCACACACGGACACGCGCGCACACACACCGCGCAAACAUACGCACACAGGGGGCGCGAGAGCCCACGCCGGGCGUGUCAGGGAUCCCGAUGCUGCUCCCCACCCCUGACGGCGGCACUGGCUGACUGGGGCGGGGGCAGGGAGGCAGUUACCCGGGCCACGAGCGCCGCAGUCGCGUUCCCCGAGUGCCGCGGAUCCUCGUUUGCGGGCCGGGACGAGCUGAGCGCAGCCGGAUUCGCGGCGACAGGGUGCGGCGUCUGCGCCGCCACUUUAUCCCUGGGCCGGCUCGCCGGCGGGGGCGGCCCGAGGGAACUCUACAUCACUGCGUGUUCCUGGAGCGACUGUCAAUCAAAGUGACUCCCCCAGCCUAGGGCUGGCCCAGGGUCUGAGAAGGCCACAGGACUCCCUCUCUGAUGGACUCCUGAGCAGAGUACUGUGAACCAAGGACACAGCCAGAGCUCCCCCAUUCUCACAUAUGCUAGGUGAGGUGGCCAGGUGCUCCUACUGAGGGAGGCCUGCUUCGUGUCCUGAGCCCUGAGCUAUUGUUUUCAAGCCUGGCCUUGCAGUCUAGUUUACUCUAUGAGCUACACAAAAGACCUCCAAUAAAGUCCCUUUUGACUUAAGUCAGCCAGCUUGGGUUCUGUCACUUAACCUGCUGACUCAGCUGUUGUGAAAGUUCCUGGCAGGUAGAAAGAUGGCAGUGGAGAAUGUUAGUGGAGGGGCCUGCUGAAGAGGUUUCUAGAGGAACAGAAGUCCUGAGCUGUGAGCUCUAUAAAACUAAGGGAUCUUUUUGAACCAGCAAAGACAAGGCUCAAAGGCAGGAAGAAGGGGAAAUAGGGAUUCUGUCAAGCCAAGCAAUUGGCACAUUGAAUUCCCUAACAAGAAAUGGAUGUCAAGGAAACAAGACGAGAUGUUGCCCUGUACUUGAGGAUUUGGAAACUGAAAAAUGAGAAACUGAAAGAGGAAAAUGUCCAAGGACUCAGUAGGGGCUCCACCAAUGGUCACAGCCAAACAAUGCUUUACAGGCACCCCUUAAAAGUAAAACCAAAAAUUGUUUCCAGGACAGUCUGCACAAUAGAAAUUAGCAUUUAUUUACUGUUUCCUUCAUUCAUUCAUCUUCCAUGCAUCUGCUAAACACCUGCCACGUGCUGGAUGUCGAGCUAGAUGCUGGGUAAGGAGAUCACACCACCGCCCCUCCCCUCACAUUAUUUGCCAUCCAACAAGGAAGAGGGAUGAGAAGACAAGAUCAUCACAGCCAGAGA